AUGGAGGUUGUUGAUGGUAGACCAAACUCUGAACCCAUAUCGCAAGAGACUCCCGUCACAGAUGGCGGGAACGGCGAGCAAAGCUCUGAAAAUGUGUUGCCUUCUCUCAAUGAUGCAUCGUCUGCCUCUGCAUUGAUCAACUACAGGGUCUUGGUCUCGGCGAAGGAGGCUGGUUGUCUCAUUGGCCAAAAUGGAACUGUGAUCGAUUCCAUAAGGGAAGAAACUGGUACGAGAGCAGGGAUUUCACGGUUACAACCUGGAUCCCAUGAACGAAUCUUGACUGUCAGUGGCACGCUUGAUGAUGCGUCGAGGGCUUUGAGUUAUUUUGCUCAAGCAUUAGUGAAUGCAUCUGCUGAAACACACUUUUCUUACAUGUACUUUCCCUUGAAACAGCUACUGCUGAUACCUAAUAUAGAAGGCGAAACAACGAUUCUACGUCUUUUGAUUCCAAAUGCUCAGAUGGGCACGCUUAUCGGAUCAAGAGGUACUAGAAUCCAGCAAAUUCAAAAAGAGUGCAACAUCCUGAUGAUCGCAUCGAAAUCAUUCUUACCUGACUCAAAUGAACGCUUAGUUGAGUUACAGGGUACGGUCGAUAACUUGUAUGACUCCUUAAGACUCAUUCUGCGCUGUCUAAUCGAAGACUUUUCAUCGGCAGUAGGGACAACUUACUAUGUUCCUCGAGGCUCCCUGACUCGGGGCGAUACCUCGAAUGGCCAAAAAAGAACCAUUACACAGACUGUGUCAUUUCCUAACAACAUUGUUGGUGCGUUGAUAGGGAAGAAUGGAGCCCGCAUACAAGGUGUGCGUAAGGUGAGUGGAGCAACCAUCGGCAUCUCUGACGAAGAAGAGGGAAAUGAAGAAAGAGUGUUUACUAUCACCGGUUCAGCAAAAGCAGUGGAAAAAGCUAAGGCCUUAUUAUACCAUAACUUGGAACGAGAAGAGAAUAGGCGCACCCAAGCAGAAGCAGAGCAAGGCUAG